GACGGCCCGCCACGUUCUCGCUCGGUGGCGUAAUCACGCGUGCAAUAAUAAUAUUAUAAUAUUGUUGCGAUCUUACACCGCGAUACGACCAUUAUACAAGCACGGGGCGCUUGUUGUGACUAUAACCAAUAACUAUCGCCCGGCGCUGUUAUAUUUACGGUCGAAACCGGUUGUGCUUCAGAGGGGAUCUCUCCGUCGCAGAUUCGCGGUAGCACGCGCGAAAGGCCUCGCGUACUCGGUUUUUAAAUUUCCACCUCUACAACUGACGGCGGCGACGAGUGACGACUGAAUAAUAUUAUUCUACCUACCUACCUAUAAGCGCGGAAUAGUGGAAUAGCGACGAUUCACGAUUGACGAAAUAUUUCACGCGUAGUCACUAGUGACUACGCGUCGUACACUGUACACACGUCGUACCUGUUGUUGUGUAGAGAUAUAUAAUAGUGCCGCACACGGUCCGGGAUCGUGUGGAAUCGUGUCGUCCCGACGGUAAAAACUAACAUAAUAUCACCAGUAUUGUGUAAAUACCUGCGAGUUACAAUGGUAAUUUGACUUCGCUAGCUAUUUAACUUGAUUAUUAUGGUCGCUAAUCGAUAAAUAAUAGUCUCCCGAAUACCGAUAUCUACCAAACCGCGUCGUCGUGUUGUGUUUCGAUCGCAGUUGUCUGACUGACGCGCGUCCGAUCCUUCCAGUUUUCAGUCUCUUCGACGACAUACGCCGCAUUUACGACGUUUAUCGACUUUACGGCUGUGAUAUUAUUAUUACGAUUUACGACGUCUGUGUGGUGUAAAACGGACAGAUGACAUUUCUGUUUCGGCCACCGCGCAUCUCAUUGUCCCCAGAACCGGGCAGAUCUAGUCGGAGGAUCAUCUUCUCACCGAAAGCUCCGCAGUCGUCUUAGGGAUGAGUGCGCCACAGUCGUUCCAUCGACGGCGAUGCCCACAAAGAGUUCGUUGAAGCACUACGAAUGCCGCAUUGCGCGCCACAUCCUGCUUAAAAUGAACUGGUUAAUGCACAUAAUUAUACUCCAAGUACUUCUUGGUCAAGUAUUAUCAAAUUUGACAUGCACAAAUAUAAAAAAUAUUGAUAAAUGCUCAUGUAAGCAUGAUCUUUAUGGUGAAGAUAUAGAAGUGGAAUGUGGGUUAUCAACUUUGGAAUUAAAUUUGAUGGAAUCCAUAAUUAAAAUUGAAUGUAAUUCAGAUCAAACAAAAUGGGAACAGAAUUUUGGUCAAAUUGAUAUUAAUAAAUUACAUUACGCAAAAUGCCUAUUAUCCGAUUCAGGAAUUAAUCAAACCAUCUCAACACUUGGCAUUAAUAAGAUUCAAAGUUUGAAACUAGUUUCCAUGAGACUCAAUGGUAGUCUAGAAAAUACUUACUUGUCAAAUUUGGAGAGCGUGGAGACGUUAGAUAUUACUCUUACCAAAUUAAUAUUAACCAAUGAAUCGUUUGAAGGAACACCUCGUUUAACAAAAUUAUAUCUUAGAGAAAACUACAUAGAAGAUAUACCUGCGGGUGUGUUCAAACCACUCACUCUUUUACAAAUAUUAGAUUUAGGCGAUAAUAAGAUAACCAAAAUAAAUAGUGAUCUAUUUUAUGGUAUUCCAUUGAAACGUUUGAAUUUGGACACAAAUUAUUUAACAUCUUUGGACCUAAAUUCUCAGAGUCUAAAUAAUUUGGAUGUAGCCAAUAAUAGAAUUACUUCUUUAACUGUUGGACGUCUUAACCAACUUCUUAAUAUAUCGUUAAACAAAAAUAUUUUAGUAACAAUGCCUGACCAAACAUUUAAAAACACUUCUUUAGUGUCAAUCAGAUUCAGCUAUGGUAACUUUACCACUAUACCUCAAAGAUUUUUAACAAAUUUAGACAGAUUACUUAAUGUUUAUCUCACGUCUUUAAACAUAGAAAAGGUACCCGAAAAUAUGAUUUGGGAUUCACAAAAUAUUACAAAUUUAUCUUUAGCUUCAAAUCGUUUGAAAGAACUACCAGUGAUGUUUUUUCGGGAUGCUAGGAAAUUAAAAUUGUUAGAUUUAUCUAAAAAUCAAAUUGAAAAUAUCAAUCAUGAGUUACUAGGACCAUUAAUAAAUCUAGAAACCUUAGAUUUAUCCAAUAAUUUAAUAAUCAAAAUUAAUAACUACAGUUUAAAGCACUUAAGAAACUUGAAGUACCUCAAUUUGGAAAGAAAUAAGAUAACAAAUAUUAAUCGGGAAGCAUUAAAUGUCCCGAAAUUAAAAACAUUAAAAUUGGCUUAUAAUAAAAUAAGUAACUUGACCCCAAAUAACGUAUUCUCAUUAUAUUAUUUGGAUCAAGUUGAAACUAUUGAUUUAUCAAACAAUUUUAUAAAUUGUAUUGAUCCUGGUUGGGUAAAUUUGAUUAAGUUAAUUAAUAUUAAUCUAUCAAGUAAUAACUUCACUGUACUCAGAAUACAAGAUAUACAGUACAUAAAUGAAAUUGUAAAAACUAAUCUUAACAAUAAUCCAUUAGAAGUAAUUGAUUUGUCAAAUUUAGAAAUAUUUGCUAAAGCACAAUCGCCACCAUAUAAUUUCUGGAAUAAUAGACAAAUAAAUCUGUCUAGUGAUAAAUUCAUUUGUGAUUGUCGUAAUUAUGAGUAUGCAAGAUUUUUACAUAACCAAAUGCCAAAAAUAGUAUACAAGUACUUACAAAUUGAACAAAAAUUGAUUUGCAAUGAUGGUCUGGGCACAGAAUUUUCAAACCUGAAUAUCGAAAGUUUAACAUGUGACUGGAAAAUUUUUGAGGAUGUAGACAAGACUGACUGUUUUGAAUGUGAGUGUACUUACCGCCCUCAUGACAAAUCUGCCCUGAUGAAUUGUUCAAAUAGAAAUUUAAUAGUGGCACCGGAAGUAAUAAUUUCAAGUAGAAAUGUUAAUUAUACGGAACUGAACUUAAGAAAUAAUUCUAUCACCAAGUUACCAAACUAUGAAAAUUUAAACAUCAAGAAGUUAAAUAUUGGUUAUAAUAAUUUAAAUACCAUUAACAUAACGCAGUUACCUAAAUAUCUUACGGAAUUACACUUGGAGCAUAAUAAUCUUACAAUGAUUAGUGAGACGAAUUUGACCAAUAUAUUACCCAACUUAAACAACUUAACAAUGAACAGUAAUUCAUGGAUAUGUGAUUGUAAUGCCAAAAAUACUAUCAAUUUUAUUCACAAAUAUUCAUCUAAGAUUUUUGAUUUAGCCAAUAUCACAUGCGAUCAAUCAUCAACUCUGUUACAAACCCUGACUGAGAAAGAAGUAUGUCAAGAAGAAUUAAAUACUGACAUGAUCACUGUAUCUAUGUUUUUAGCCGUGUUGAGUUCAGUAUUUAGUUUAGGUUUGUUAUGGAUGUUGUAUAGUAACAACAAGACUAAAAUCAAAAUAUGGCUGUACUCUUAUAACAUAACAUGGCCAAUAUCUGAAGAAUCUCUCGACCUGGAUAAAAAAUAUGACGCAUUUAUUAGUUACUCUCACAUGGACAUAGAACUAGUUGAAAAGCAUUUAGUACCAGGCUUGGAAGGAGGCAGCUCACCAUUUAAACUUUGUCUUCACUAUAGAGACUGGGUAGUCGGCGAAUGGAUACCUAAUCAAAUUGCUCGUUCAGUUGAUGAAUCUCGAAGAACUAUUAUUGUAUUAUCACAAAAUUAUUUAAAGAGUGUUUGGGGCCGUACAGAGUUCAGGACAGCUUAUUCCAGUGCUCUGAACGAACGCCGCAGUCGUUUAAUCGUCAUACUUUAUAAUGACAUAUCAGAGAAAGAUUUAGAUUCAGAGUUAGAAGCAUACCUGUCCAUGAAUACUUAUAUUAAAUGGGGAGAUAGAUGGUUUUGGGAGAAAUUGAGAUAUGCACUUCCGCAUAGACCAGCGACAAAAAAAAAUACUAGAGCUAAGAUAAUAGUACCAGAUAAAUUAAAUUCUGUUCGGUUAACAUAACUUUUAUUUUAUAAUCAAUAACCUGUUUUAAUUAUUUAAUAAAAUGUAAUAUUUACAUUUUUUUUCAGUAUGUACAUUUUGUGACAGUUAUUUUAUUAUAAGUUAUUUUUUUUAUUGUUAUAAAAUUGAAUAUUUAUGUUAUUACUUGUAAUUAAGCACAAACCGAUAUAAACUGUAUUGUAAUAAAAAAAAGUGUAUAAAUACACUAUACUUUGUUAACUUUAA